AUGCAGUUUGAGUCUAGUUUCUUGACGUAUCUCGUCAAGGUAGACAUUCGACGCCAGUCUACUCCCAAAAAGACCUUUAAACUGAACAACAUCGGAAUCCUAAACAACACCCAAACGACGUACUGCGACCGUUUCAUUAGUGGUAAGGUUGACUCCUCCCUGCACCAGGGGAGUAUGCCUAAUAUGCCGGCAGGCUUUGUCGAGGGAGGAGCUCUGUAUGCCCGCGUCUCCAUCAUGACCUCCGACAAGACCAAACAACGAGAAGUUGAGCAAGCCGCCGAAAUCGCCUUUACUGCGUACGGGGCAGAAGUAGCCGUCAAUCAAAAGGUCAAAUCCAACAUGGAAAGAGUGCAAAAGAACACAAACAUCAAGGUACACCUUCAUUACGUGGGAACCCCUAGUGAAAUGAAAGGCCCAGCCGUGGAGUCCAAGGACGAUGAGCUUCUCCAAGUCAAGAUGCGCGCCGAUGCGUUUCUUGCCGAUGCACAGAAGCAUAACUGGAAGCGAUUCGCGCGGCUUGAACGGUAUGACACUAUUCAAGGGUUCAACAAAUUCACGCCCAUCGACUACUCUGGAGCAAUUGACCGGAGUUGGUCUGUGUUCCACGACUACCAAAGCUACCUCAGCGCCCAACAUAUGAUUCGAAACAUCCCGGCGGAGAAAUACAUCGGAGGUAGAGAGAUAAGAGAUCAGCUGGAUGAUCGUUCAAGCAAUGCACUUGAGACCAUUAGGAACUGGGUCAGUAGUGUCAACGCAAAUCCGAGCAGGGCAAAGACAAAGCCCCAAGUCGAAAACCCUUCCCGGUUCCAGGGAGAAUUAGUUAGCACUGUCCAGACGACACGAUACAUUGGCCAGCGACUCUAUCUGCGCAAUGGCGGCACCACAGACAUCAUCGACACGACGCUCAGGCCGCGGGCAAAACAGCUCUUUGUCAUCGACGCCUAUGACUUUCCCAAGAUCCCCGGAACUGCCAACCUCAUUUUUGCCGGCAAGUCCAACGGCGAUCAGUAUGAAGUCGUCAUCGGGCGCGAAAAAACCCCCGGCUAUGAAACCCUGCGCGAGCUCUGGGUGUUUCAAAAGCCCAUCCGCGGCGUCGUCGACAUGGCAGUCACUGUCACGGUGAUUCCGGAUGGACCCAUCAUUACGCUGGAUUACAAAAACCCGGAAAGGAUAUUUGUGCCGGUCCGCCGAGCACUGCCGACGACCCAAAUGUCGCGAUUUUUUCGGCGGCAAGACUUGACGCUUUUCUCCUUUUAUGUCAAUCCUGUCUUGGCGAAGGCUCCUGCCUAA